AUGCAUGUUACUAAGCCUUUCGCCCUCCUCCUUGUCAACCUUGCUGUCGCAAUCUUGAGCUUUGAGCGUUCAAAGACCCUACAAGUUUCCCCAUGUCCCUCUCAUCAACAGCCGUAUUUGUGGCAUCCUUCCACUAACAUAGGUUCUUCCGCUCUUUCAGAUGCCACAGGAUGUGGUGACGCUCAAGCCUGCAUUGGGACAGAGACUUGCAUCACCGUCACCCGGACGGCACCGACAAAGACAACCAUAACCACUUGCGCUCCUACACCCACGUGUUUACGUAUAUACCAGGGUUGUACAUCUGGAGGGGGUACCGAAUUUUGUUGCUCUGGCUACUGCGCGGCUACCAAAUGUAGGCCGACAGACCCGAAGUGGCCGAAUUGCCAGGAGGACAUGGGGUAUUGCGAAUGUGAUUCGGAAUGCUGCUACAACAACAAGUGCGUCGAUAACUUCUGCCGCAAGCCUUGA